UUACGUGUGUAUCUCCUACAAUAUGAGCAACAUUAGGCUACUGGUAGCAUAUGGCAAAGAUAUGGGAUCAUUUAGUGUUAGAUAUAUAAUACAAUACCCAUAGAUGCAUAAUGCUAAUUAAAUAUUAGUUGAAACACACCGUGUUCGGCUACGAAAAUACUAGUUUAUUCUCAGUUCACGAUUAACCGAAACAUCAUCCAGGCGUUUCAACUCUGGGUACCGUCCUAUUGGCCAACUGUCGAACUAAGGAAUUUUCUCUUUCGGAAAUCACAUGGAGGUGCUGUAGCCCUCACAUGACAAUCUGAACUAUGGAAGGAGACAUCAAUGAAGGAUCGGUACCUCCCUACUACAGAGAGGUGUAUGAAGCACUAUGCGGUAAAAAAGAUGAACGGGUGCAGUUAGAGGUUUUUCAAAGAUUGCUUGGCAGCACUGAUCUUCCAAAUUCUAUGCAAAACCAGAUCGCAGAACAUGUGGAACAUAAGGGUGGGUCCCUGUCCAAGCUGUCCAUGUACAAAGCCCUGGCACUGAUCGCAUUGGCUCAGCAGGGGAAACAGCCCAGCCCGAAGCUUCUGGAGAACUACAUACAAGAGUUCCCCAAGCCCCAGCUUGGCGAGUUGAAGGACCUGCAGGCCUUGAGGAUGCAGCCUGCUCAGGAGAGCCCCCUGGUGGUGAGGCAGACUCUGGCGCAGCUGCUGGAGCGGGACUCUGUUCAGGUGGAGCUGAUUCCCGAGAAGAAGGGCCUGUUUCUGAAGCACGUGGAGUACCAGAUCACCAGUCAGCGUUUCAAAAUAUCCGUCUACCGCAGAUACAGUGAUUUUGAUGUUUUCCACGAGCUUUUGCUGCAGAGGUUUGCCUACAGAAUGGUGCCGGCGCUCCCGCCCAAAAGAAUGCUGAAAGGAGUCCUGACUUCCACCUCGGAGCGAGAGUUCAUCGAGGGCCGCAGACGCGCCCUGCGCAGGUUCAUUAACCUGGUGGCGCGCCAUCCCCUGUUCUCCGCCGACGAACUGGCCAAGACCUUCCUCACCUUCAGUGGCUCGGAUGUUCAGAACAAACUGAGAGAGGCUUUUAGGAAAGCCGGGGAUGAGUUUAUGACAUGUAAAAUUGCCACGCAAGCUAAGGAGUACCUCCCAGCAGAUAUCCAGGCACAGUUUGCCUCCAGCAGGGAGCUGAUCCGGAACAUUCUAAACAGCUUCCAGAAGCUACGGGACCGAGCGGAGAACAUGGCCAAACGCUCCAAGGAGAAUGCCACAGACCUUCUAAUGUUUGGAAGGGAGCUGAGCACGGUGGGUUCAGACACGUCCCCGCUCCCUGCCCUGGCCUCAGCGGACUGCACCUGGGGAACGCUCCGGCAGUCUCUGAAGGGCCUGUCCGUGGAGUUCGCCUUGCUGGCAGACAAGGCAGCUGAACAGGGGAGAAGAGAGGAAGAUGACGUGGUGGAGAAGCUGAACCUUUUCUUGGAUCUGCUGCAGUCCUACAAAGACCUGUGUGAGCGUCAUGAGAAGGGCGUGCUGCACGAGCACCAGCGGGCGCUGCAGAAGUACAGCGUGAUGAAGAGGCAGAUGAUGAGUGCCACCGUGCAGCCCAAGGAGCAGGUGUCUGUGGAGCAGCUGGAGUCCCGCAUAGUGCAGCAGGAGAAUGCCAUCCUGACCAUGGAGCUGAGGAACUACUUCUCCCUCUUCUGCCUGCACCAGGAGACCCAGCUCAUCUUCACCUACCUGCCCAUCACCUCCCACAUCCUCGGAGCCUUCGUCAACUCCCAGAUCCAAGGGCACAAAGAGAUGGGUGCAGUAUGGAACGAUCUUCACCCAAAGCUGAGUUGUCUUUUUGGGGCCAACAACGGCUUACCCUCUCCUCUCCUCUCACCUCAGAGAGCGGUCAGCUUUUCUCCUCAUUAAGCUGGUAAAGACAAGAGACGCUUUCAUGUGCGUUGGGCUCCGCGUCUUCCGCAAUGGACGCUUCCUUUUGUCUUCAAACCCUGAAAUAAGCAGCUCGGAGCUCAGAAAAGAGCGCCACACGGUCCGUGUUUUAUCGAAUGUGCGACACACGACAGUAAAUAUUGGAAAUGCCCCACUGUUUCCGUCGGGAGUUCAUGAAAUGAGGGAUGUCUGUGUUGGGCUGGUCAUUGGAGCCUCAUGCGUGUCGCUGGCAGGGGGAGGGAGAGGGGGGUAGGGGACGGAGAUGGAUGGCUCUGGGCCAUGUGUGACAGCUGCACUACUAAUGAUGCCUUGUCCCUCGUCCUGAACACAAACAAUGGAUGUGCUCUACAGGGCACUUUCAUACAACAAGUAAACGUACAGUUUUGCAAUACUACAGGCUCCCUGGGCAUACUGUAUUUCUGAGCCACAAAUAGUAAAAAAGGAAAAAAAAAAAAAAAAAGGCGCACAUGAUACGGAAAGUUUAUAUACAGUUUUAUCUUGCCGUUUUUUGACGUGUUAUUUGCUUAUUUGAAGGGGGUAGAAUGUACUGUAUAUAGCUCAUUGAUAUACAGUACAGAGGAUUUGUUUGUCCUCUGCAAACUGGAUUAUCUCACAGAGUAAGUGUUAUUCUUAUUGACUAAUCUCAUUGUAAUAAAUCCUAAUAGAGAGCAGGGGAUUUUAUGGGCAUUAUCAGAACCAUACUCGUAUGUCUUUGAUUUAUCAUUCCUAAACGUGCAUUUCUUUUAAUGUCCUGUGGUAGCUGUAGAGUAUGCGCUGCCUGUCUACAAACCCUUUUGAGCAAGGCAAGAACAUUAUUUUGUCGUGUUGUUGUAAAUGACAGUGUUAACACAACAUUACAGCCGAAACAAAACUAGAAUUUGCUCUAGCGGUUUCUGGCUGAAUUGACUGCCCAUGCUUGUGUAUAUUUAGGCAUAUAUUUAUUCACAGUCAGCCCCAACAAAGUUGUGGCACAGUACUGCUUCUGAAAAAAAAAAAAAAAAUGAAAAAAGUAAGUCAUGGUUAACCAUACCUCUCCACAAACUUUGUGUGCGCAAACUGCACUUUUGCAACAGUCCUGUUCAAUUCCAUUUGGGGAACUGAGAGAAUUGUUGGAACCCUGUUCUAUGAUUUAAAAAAGUUUUAAAGAAGGUGACUGAAAGCCAGAGGAUGGCAGACAAAUCAGCCCUUAAAAAUUAUUUCAGGGUAUGAAACAGUUUAGAAUGAUUUUAUGUUUUUUGUUUGUACCAUACUAAUAAAUUCAAGAUCUAUUUUUGUAUAUAUAUUGUAGAUUUGGAAAUAUAAUUUCUUUGAUAAUUUCAGCAAACCCAUCCAGAUGUAUUGGCCUGUUUUGAAGUGCUAUUGAUUACUUUUCUACUCUAAAUUGUUAAUGAUAUUUUGUACAGCUGCAGUGUCCCCAGUUUAUCAAAUUGAAUUCAACCUGAAUCCCUUUUCAGUCAGUUGAAACCUAUACUUGAUUUGGAAGGGAAAUUACUUUUUUGAUGGUCAAAACCAUUGGGAUUGUUAUCAGUGUUUCAUUUGUAACUAUGUGCCACUGAUUUUCUCGUCUUCAUAACUGUGAAAAGCCUCGUUAUGCGUUUUGGUGAGUCAUGAAUUCAUAUUUGACUUAACUGAACCUCUUGUAGCGCUUUUAUAGUGUACAUUUUAUUCACAUAAUAUCUGAGAUUUAUGUAUCUGGAAGAAUACCAAACUAUUGUCAGUUUGGGGCAGAAAGUCAACUGUGAAAAUGCCAAAGAAACUAGACAUUUAACUAACAGUUCUGCAUACAGUGUUUAAUACCCAGUUUAUGUGGAAGGCAUACAUCAGCAGCAUGUCUUGUUGGAGGUGAAGGAAAUUAAUUCAGGAAAGAUUGUUGCUAAAUAAAUUUGGAGUGUGUCACUACCCGAUUGGGACAUUAAUGAGCUGACAAUGUGCACAUUGUUUACUGAAUUUUCUAGUCACUAAAUUUCAGUUGAACUUAUGAAGAGAUACACUCACAAGCACUUUAUUAGAGGAAUUACACCUAUUACAGUAUUACACCUACUUAUUCAUGUGAUUAUCUAAUCAGCCAAUUGUGUGGCAGCAGUGCAAUGCAUACAAUCCUGUAGAUACGGGCCAGGAGCUUCAGUUAAUGUCCACAUCAACCACGUUGUGAUCAGAAUGGGGAAAAAAUGUGAUCUAAGUGACUUUGACCGUGGAAUGACUGUUGGUGACAGACAGGGUGGUUUAAGUAUCUCAGAAACUGCUGAUCUCUUGGUCUUUUCACACACACUAGUCUCUAGAGUUUGCAAAGAAUGUUGGAAAAAAAAAUGCAUACAGAAAUGCCUUGUUAAUGAGAGGUGUCAGAAGAGAAUUGCCAGACUGGUCGAAGCUGACAGGAAGGUGACCAUAACGCAAAUAACCACACAUUACAGCAGUGGAAUCUCUGAACACAUGACACAUCAUAACUGGAUAGGCUACAGCAGUAGAAGUCUAAAAAAUAAGUCUAAUAAAUACCUAAUAAAGUGUUCGGUGAGUGUAUAUGUAUCCAUAAUGGUAUGCCUGUUUGUAGCUCUGUCAAGUUGUUGGUUUCUAUGUUUUUUGUUUGCUCUACAAUUCUAUAGUCUUUGAAACAUGUUUUAGUUGCAUUCUUCACUCAUUUCACAUCAUUUAGAAGUGAAAAGGAUGUGGUCAUUGUCAGGGAUGUGCAGUUUUUCUGUUCAUGACUAUUCUAGUAUACCUCUUUGAAGGUACAUGACAGAUCUUUGCCUUAAAGUUUUUCAUAAUAUAUUUUUGCUGUAAAACGUUCUUUACAAUAUCCAGUGCUUCAGCUUGGAACAAUUUAAUUGCAAUAUUUUGUCAUUUUUAUCUAGUGCCUUUUAGUUUCCACUGAAAAUUCACAAUUGAAAAAGUCUGCAAUCCUAGCAGCACAGCAGAGUUUUUAUUCAUGGCUGAUGAUGAAGUGUUUUUUUUCUCUUAAGCUCAAGAACCCCCUCUGUUGGUGUAACAGGCACAAUGCACAUAUCAUUAUUUAGCCAAAACACUAACAUCAAUUUUUUCAACUAACAUAGACACUGCACACUAAGCUUAAUCUGUGUCUGUGAAACCAGACCAAGGUGUAUUUGCACUCCACUGUGUUGAAGGUCCAACAUGUAGAAACAUGCAUUUUACCACUGAUGUAUGUGCCAUGUCAUGAAAUUGAGUCAUGAGUUAUUUUGUAAAGCAUAAAAGUAUAUAAAGAUGACAUGUAUAACAGACAAUAGAAGUCUGUAAGUGUUUUCAUUUGAAGCCAAGUGAAAGUAUAACAUGACACAAUGCACAAUAAAAGUGUAAUGGUUGAGUAAAUCAUUUGUUUCAGUUGUAUCUUGAUAUUCCCAUCUCAAAUGUCUUGGAAACAGCUGUUGCUAAAACUCAAACCAUAUCUUUGUAUUACAAAUGAAUAAAUUGUACGUAUCAUUUA